AUGGAUUCGAAUCUCGUUAUUCUCUCCUUGGAGUACUCCUACUUGCUCAACCCACUGGCUGGGUUGUUCGAGUCCGACUGUGGACUCUGGCAGAGUCUGGCUACUUACCUGCCUACUUUGAUCCACCUGGCUGGUCAUUUCAGAGUUUUGGAUAACAUGAAGCCCUUAAGGGAAACCGUGAGGAAAUUGAAUCACAACGGCAUGGGCGAGGAGAACCAUGUCAAAUUGGUGGAGCCUCAAUUGAACAACCAGCUCAUCACAAUCCUGAUAAAUGGCCUGGAGACGUUCAUUAACAUUUCGAGAAUUGAGCUUUUACGUGCGUACCACCGCGUCGACGCUAAGAAAAUCGUGCUUUCCGAGGCUGAUUUCGCCAAUAUUGGCCCUGAGUUUGUUCUGAGACUGGAAGCGAUAGCCUCAAGGUGCCGGGUUGAACUCAUGGUCACCGACAAGAACAUUGACUUUAAGAGCACACAAAUGGCACCAGGACCGUUUGGGCUAUAUAUCGCUGGUCCCACGGAAAACUUGUCUGUGGCUGAAACCGAGUGUCGGAUUCUUGUGGAUGCUCUUUUACAUGGCUGCAAAGUGCACCAGAUCAACAUUCCAUUAUCGCUUCUUCCAGGAAUUGGAGGAGUGAAUUUGGCCAAUUUUGCCGAAAUUGCCCGCCAGCUGAACGUCAACAUCUACCUCCCUUCGCUUAUGCCACACAGCUUCAACUGUGAGCUCGUUGAGACCAGUGAAAGCAGCAUAUGGAUUACUGCAAAGAAGGUGCCUGAGCUUCUUUUAGCGAAACGUAUUCUCCUGGAUUUGGUGGCAACGGUGGAUUGCAGAAUCAACCUGGCUGCAAACUUGUACUUGCAUGAGAUUGAGAUUGCUAAGGAUAAGCUAGAUAUCAUCACGCUUUAUGCACAGAGAGAUGUUCUGAACAUUAUGUUUUUGCACGGCACAUUUAUCCAGAUUCCCAGCUUAGGUGAGGCAAAGAACAACAAAAUAAUCGUUCAAGGCCACAGCACGGAGGCUGUUUCCAAAACCGUGCAAGACAUCUCCAACUUGAGCUGCAAUUACUACAGCUUGGACAUCAGGUUUCCGGAAGGCUCGAGAUCCCCUGACUUCGAGUAUUACUUGAUCAACCUUAUCAAUGUCCGCAAAACGUGCAUUCUCACAUACAACUGCAACGGAAUGAACAUUGUGGGAGUCAAGGACGAGGUCAGACUGCUUCUUAAGGAUUUGAUUGCAGCGCUUCAGAAUACCUCUCUUUUCACGGAUCCCGGCGACGGAUCAAGCCAGUUCCGCUUCUCUGUCAGCAUGGAGCUUCAAAACGAACAUAGAGAGUUCCUCAGCGGCAAGAAAAACGGCAAGAUCAUCAAAAUCCUCAACCAGCUCAACCAUAUGCCACAAAUCCGUUUCAGGCACUUGAACGAGUACAACUUCUUGAUCACCUCCACGAUUUCUGUAUCCGCCGGAGUCAAGAACAAGCAGAUGUCGUCAGUAUUUGACAUUCUUCUGAAGAGCGUCAGCCUUAUUGAGAUGGAGCUCCCAGCGGAAAUGCAGUUCAAUAUUCCUGAAGUUUUCCACAAGAGCAUCAUCGGCAACGGUGGAUCCAUCAUCCAGCUGAUCAUGAAAAAGUACAAUUCUGAAGAAAACCCCGAGAAAACCACCGACGAUAGAAUUCUCUAUUCUUUCAGAAGAGACAACAACGUGCUCAUCAAGUGCCCCAUGAAGAACCUGAAGAACAUCCUUUUCGUCAAGUACGAAAUUGACCAGUUGGUUGCACAAUGCUGUCUGAACACAUUGGCCCAGCUGAGAGGAAUGGCUACUAUUUACAACAGCGUUGGAUUUAGGCUUCUCAAGAGUCACUACCAGAUGCUUAUCAGGAAACAAGGCCAGGAUCUCAGAUUCGUUAACGACCUCGAAACUGACUUCAGCACCUACAUUGACUUCCCUACCUCGCUAGAAACGUUCAAGGGCGAGAGCUCUCACCUUUUGGCUAUCAAAGGAAACGACAAUAGACCUCACUCUUGUGCACUCAAAUUGGCCUCCAUGCUUCCUGAAACAUGGGAGUUUCAAGUCACCUUCUGUCCCGGCAAGUUUGACGGAACGUUCAGCGAAAGCAACGAGGAUUUCAGAGAAAAAGUUGUCAUUCCGUUCAGGCUUCUUUUGGAUGUGGAGCUUGCGUGGAACAGAAACCCCGUGGACUCUGAAACCCAGGAACCGCUUCCGUACCACCAGGUUUUCCUCAGUUCCUACAACAAGGCCAACGCCCAGAAAGCCAUUCACGAUUUGACAAUUUACCUCAGAGAAGAGCGUUUCCUUAUUUUGGACAAACAGGCCAUGAACUUUGACCCCAUCGUCCCAGCCUUGAUGCUCCCACCUACCCCAUUAGCUUCACCAUUGCGUUCUCCCGUCAGAUCUCCCACAAGAUCCCCCACCAGAUCGCCAGAACGCUACUCAGACAUGUCUACGGAUUACUCCAGGUCUCCUACCAGACAGCCUAUGAGCAACAGUGGAUCCCCCAAAAGAUCCCCCAACCGGCCCCAGGCUCUCAGAACUAUCACCAACCAGCCGGUCAACUCCAUGAAAAAGAUACCCAGCUUGGUGGCUCCUUUGGCCCCCAACUUCCACAAUGUGCCCAGCCAGUGGUGA